AUGACAAUGGCAGCCAACACAACAAUCCCAAUCGUCGAUUUUGCGGCAUGGCGCCCUGGUGCCAGCACCAAGGAAAAGAAAUCUGUUGCCGCCAAGCUCAUUAACGCAUGCCGCGAUGUCGGCUUCGUCUACAUUAUCAAUCAUCACGUUGCUUCUGACAAGCUUGCAGCAGCCUUUGACAUGUCCAAGAAGUUGUACAAUCUACCGAAAGAAAAGAAGAUGCUUGCCCCGCAUCCUCCUGGUUUCGCUGUCCAUCGAGGCUACUCAUGGCCUGGACUGGAGAAAGUUUCGAAUGCCAUGGGUGAUGAAGAAGACAAAGAUGAAGAGAUCGACAAGUUGCGUUCUGUUUCGGAUGUCAAGGAAAGUUACGAAAUCGGUAGCGAGGACAAUAAACAACAACCUAAUAUCUGGCUUCCCGAGGAUGUUCUCCCUGGCUUCCGAAGCUUCAUGUCAGACUUCUACUGGGAGUGCUUUCGCGCAGCUGAGAACAUCAUGAGUGCAAUGGCGCUUGGCAUCGGCCUCUCGGAUGAGAACUAUUUCCGUCCUGCCCACGAUGGCCACAAUAAUCAGCUCCGACUCCUGCAUUAUCCUCCCGUGCCAGCAGCUCUCAUUGAGCAGCAAAAGGCUAUCCGUAUGGACGCGCAUAGCGAUUGGCCUUCCAUUACCUUACUAUUCCAAGAUGACUGCGGUGGUCUGCAGAUCGAAAAUCCCAAGAAGAAGGGAGAGUUCAUCGAUGUACCACCCUUACCAGACGCACCCGACGCGCUGGUCAUGAAUAUUGGAGAUCUCAUGAUGAGGUGGAGCAAUGACACCCUAAAGUCGACGGUCCAUCGUGUCAAUCUCCCGCCCAGACAAGACCGUUUCACCGGCGAUGACCGAAUGACCAGGGAGAGAUACUCAAUUCCAUACUUCGUGAGUCCGAAAGGAGAACACAUGGUCGAAUGUCUGCCUUCAUGCAUUGAUGAGAAACACCCGGCCAAAUACGACCCGAUCCGCUGGAACGACUACAUGCUGAUGCGAGCCAGCAUGCAGUACCAGUAA